AUGGCGCAGACGACGGUUGGCCUCGAUCUGAUUGGCUUUGGCUCUGUGGGCAAGGCGCUUCUUCCGCUCCUCCAUCGCUGUGUCGAGGCGACCGGGCGCAAGCUUGUAGUGACGGGCAUCCGGACGAGAUCGGGCCUGUCUGUGGCAACCCGCGACGUGGAGCAUCCGAUCGAGCUCAGCCCGGGGGAUCUGAGCCUUCCGGAGCGGAGCGAGUGGCCCGAGGCGUGGACAACGAUCGAGUCAGUGGAGGAGAUGCUGGCGGUCUCACCGGGCGCAGUGGUGGUGGAGAACUCAGUGCUGGACUUUGAGACGGGCGAGCCUGCGGCGUCGUACAUCCGUGCCGCUUUUGCCGCCGGCAAGCACGUGGUGACCUCGAACAAGGGCCCCGUGGCCACGCAGUACAAAGAGCUUGCGGCGGCAGCUAAGCAGGCUGGUGUGGGCUUCCGCUUCGAGUCGGUGGUCAUGGACGGCGCGCCGGUGUUCAGCCUUGUCGACGAGGCGCUGACCGGCUCCAAGGUCGUCUCCUUCGAGGGCAUCCUCAACUCGACCUCGAACAUUGUGCUCUGCGCCAUGGCCGACGGCGUCUCUAUGGCCGAUGCCAUCGCCAGCGCCCAGGCCGUCGGCAUUGCCGAGGCCGACCCGUCGACCGACAUGGACGGCUGGGACGCCGCCGCCAAGGUCGCCGCCCUCCUCAACGUCUGGUCGCCACACUCGGUCCGCCCGACCGACAUUGUCCGCGACUCGGUCGCCGGCGUCACUGCAGCCGACAUUGCCGACGCGGCCGCGGCUGGCGAGGUGCUCAAGGUUGUGUGCUCGGGCGACAUCGCGACCGGGACCGGAUCUGUGGCCCUCCGCCGUCUCCCGCUCAGCAACCCGCUCGCCCACGUCGUCGGCUCGUCGUCGGCGCUCACGGUAGUCACCGACACCAUGGGCCCGACCACUGUCUUUGAGACCGAUCCGGGCGUGGCUCAGACCGCAUACGGCAACUACUACGACAUUCUGCGGCUGAUUAAGGGCGGCAUGUUGUAG